AUGAAACUUUUUAUUACUACUUUCAUUUUAUGCACAUUUUUACUCGACCUGAGUUUUGCUCUUGAUACUGAAAAUUAUGCAGCUUAUAUUGAAGAACUUAGUCAUGAUGAAAAAUUUCUUGACGAAUAUACCAAAUGGUCAUUAGAACUAUUUUCUCACUCUGAUUAUCUCUAUGGUAAUCCUCAUGCACGAUUUCCAUGUCCAAUUGAAAAGUCUAAUGAUAAUAUUAGUAUUCCUACAUCAGUACAUACUCUUCGACCAAGUGAUAUAAAAUGUAUUGCUGCUAUGGGUGACAGUUUAACAACUGGCAUAGCUGCUCAUGCUAUUACUCCAAUUGGUUUACUAACGGAAAAUCGAGGUAUAUCUUGGUCUAUUGGUGGUGAUUAUACAUAUUCAACAAUUUGCUCUUUACCUAAUAUUUUACGAGAAUACAAUGGAAACCUUGCAGGUUUUUCUACUAAAGUAUCGGUAAUAUCUUCUAAUAGUCAAAAUGUUGCAAACAAUGGACUCAAUGUUGCUAAAUCAUGGGAUAGUUCGAGUCAAAUGCUCUAUCAAGCAGAACUUCUUAUGGAUCGAUUAAAAAAUCAAAACUUAUGUGAUUGGAAUAAUGAUUGGAAAGUUAUUACAUUAUUUGUUGGUAGUAAUGAUUUAUGCAGUUUUUGCGAAGAUUCAAAUUUAACUAAAUAUACACCAGAACAAUAUGUGAAUUAUAUUCGUGAUACCUUGGAUAAAUUAUAUAAUGCUUCGAUACCACGUACACUUAUAAAUCUUGUUCUUGUAUCUGAUGUUCGUAAUGUUAAAGGUCUUAGUAAUGGUAAUUAUGUUUGUCAAGUACUUCAUAAAAAGACAUGUCCAUGUGCUACUUCUCCAACAGUUGAACAAGCUAAAACAUUAGACAAUUAUAUAACACGAUAUCAUCAAUCACUCUUUCAUUUAAUUGCUUCUGGACGAUAUGAAGAUCGUGAUGAUUUUACUGUAGUUAUUCAACCAUUUAUGGCUAAAACAAAACUACCAUAUAAACAUAAUCAUAAAAUUGAUUUUAGUUAUUUUGCACCAGACUGUUUUCAUUUUAGUGGUAAAGGUCAUUCAUUAGCUGCGCUUUCACUUUGGAAUAAUAUGCUUGAACCUGUUGGUGGUAAAAAAUGGUCAUGGCAUAUAGGUGAAUCAUUAAAAUGUCCAACAAAAGAAUAUCCAUAUAUUUUUACAUCAAAAAAUUCUGCUAAAGCAUUAAAUGAACUUAAACAUACAAGUAAUCAUGUAUCUACAGUAAAUAGUGAUACUUCUACUUCUGAUGUUAAUUCUACGAGUCACCAUCAUCAAAAACAUAAAAAGUUCAAAUUUGACUUAUUUUCGAAUAAAAUGAAAUUUAUCACACUAACUGGUUUCUUAUUUAUUAUCACCAUGAUUCUCAUUGUUGGUAUUGCUAGACGUCGAAAAGUUCGUGUAUUGAUUCCAAGAAGUGAACGACAUGGUUUUAAAGGUAUGGAUAAUUCACAAUAUCAUGAUGACGAUGAUGAUGAUGUAGAAAUUUGGAGUCGAACGAAUACAAAAUCAAAUCAUUUUGAAAAUAAUAAAACUACUAAAACACAUGGUACACGUGUUUCUUUGGAAUAA